UAUAUGAGCCUCAUCACUGUAGUAGCUCGCACCCCUCGUAUUAUAUAUAGUAGUACUAAUCUUCCCUAGGGCUAGUUAACCCCGGGCAUGGCAUACCCACGAAUUGGUGCCACUGGCGCCAUACCCAAUGGUGUCACCACCGUGGACUGCCAGAAACAAGUCCGUUCUUGGAGGUUUCUGCGCUCUGUCCUGAAGCUCCUCAUCCCAACCUGCAACUGCACCACUUUCAUAGAAGAUCAAGAUCUUAUCAAACAAAAAGAAGAAGUCUACUUUCAUAGAAGACCAAUUAGAUCAUUCCAAACAACUGCGCCACCCACCUUCAUCAGUACUUCUCCCACAACCAUCAUCGGCACCAUUUUCGGCUAUCGCCGCGGCAAAGUUAGGCUCUGUAUCCAAGCCAGUUCCAAUUCCAUCAUUAACCCAGUUGUUCUCCUCCUUGAACUGGCUGUCCCAACAACAAUCCUAGCCAGAGAAAUGCGAGGGGGGAUUCUUCGAAUUGCACUAGAGUGUGCCACACCGCCGGGAUAUAGGACUGCUGGUGGUGGUGUUUCUUGCUCUCUCUUGUCCAUGCCAUUGUGGACAAUGUACUGCAAUGGGAGGAAAGUUGGGUAUGCUGUUAAGCGGCAGCCUUCUGAGGCUGAUAUGGAGGCACUUAGGCUAAUGAGUGAGAUUAUUGUGGGUGCUGGCAUUAUAAGUACUGGGAAAGAGCUUAAUAGAGAAGAUGAUGAUGGGUUAUUGUACCUUAGGGCCAACUUUGAGAGAGUUUUCGGGUCAGCUAAUUCUGAGUCCUUCCAUUUGAUUGAUCCUGAUGGGAGCAAUAUUGGUCAGGAGCUUAGUAUUUUCCUUUUUCGCUCAAGGUGAUCAUGAACUAAUUCCCAUUGACUUAAGAUAUAAAAAUAUCUCAAGCAGUACUGCACUAGAGAUGGGUUAUAAACUAUAUUUAACCUCUCUCUCCUUUUUGAGCUAUGCUUUGUAGCUUGGCUUUCAUUUUAUGAAAAGUGGCUUUUUUUUUU